AUGGCCAUCCAGACAACCAACAGUUCGCACAUUGAAGAUGCUGAUAGCGGAGAAAAGCUGCUCAAGGAGCUUGAAACAACAGCGACGCUCCCGCUGUGGGCACAAAUGACCAGAUUGAAUCCGCCUCUCCCGAACCCCAAAUGUAUCCCUUACAUUUGGAGAUAUGGUGAAGUCCGACCAUAUCUUCUCCGCGCUGGUCAGUUGAUUACAGAGAAGCAAGCAGAGCGCCGAGUGUUGAUGCUCGUGAACCCUAAUCGAGAGGCACCCUACACCACGGAUACUGUGUAUGCUGGUCUUCAGCUUGUUAUGCCAAAUGAGACAGCUGCAGCCCACCGUCACACGGCUUUCGCCAUGCGAUUCAUUAUCGAGGGCAAUGGCGGCUUUACAGCCGUCCACGGCCGGCGCGUGAAUAUGAAUCGUGGAGACGUCAUUCUUACCCCUACUUGGAACUUCCAUGACCAUGGUAAAGAUGGCUCUGGUCCCAUGAUCUGGCUCGAUGGCCUUGAUCUUCCACAGUUUCAGCACUUCCCCGUUCACUUUGUUGAGCAUUUCAAGGACCCCAGAUAUCCAGCCACGGAUGUAGAUACCAAUGCCUCCCCCAUUGUGUUCAAGUGGGAAAAGAUGCAGGCGGCACUAGAUGCCGUAGAGGGCAACUGGGCGUCGAAGCGAUACUUGAAGGAUAACGGUCAAGAGGUCAGCAAGACACUUGGGGGCGCAGCUGAGAGGAUCAACCCUGGUUUGAACUCGCCCAAGGUCCAAGAAACCACGUCUAGUGUGUACCACGUCGUCAGCGGUACAGGUUUCUCCCUGCUCAAUGGGAAGAAGAUCGAAUGGGAACAAAGUGAUACUUUCUGCGUGCCGGCGUGGACUGAAUACCAGCACUUUAGUUCGGGGCCUGAGACAGUGUACCUGUACAGGGUUGAUGACAAGCCGAUGAUUGCAGCUUUGGGAUUCUAUCGUCAGUCAGAUGAUGAUGUCGAGGAUUUAGUCAGCACUUAG